GACCUUCCAUCUCUUCCUCUCUCCCUCCAUAGCUGUGGUGUAUGGUGGCUGGGUCUGACAUGAUGCCCGGCCAGAUCCUUGACCCCUCCCUGACGGCCGGCUCCUUGCCCAGCCUGGGCCCACUGGCGGGCAUCUCUGCCACUACACUCACCGAUCAGCUCAAACUUGCACAGGACUUCAGGAACCUGGGCGCCAUGUUGUCACCGCUGCAUUUCCUGGGACGGCUGGGGAAGAGGCCGCUCACUGCUAUCAAGGGAGAGAUGGACGAGGACGACGAGCGGAGGAGACGGAGGAGGGAUAAGAACAAAGUGGCAGCAGCACGGUGUCGGAACAGGAAGAAGGAGAGAACGGACUUCCUCCAAAGGGAGUCGGAGCGUCUGGAGGUGGUGAACUCUGACCUGAAGUCCCAGAUUGAGGAGUUGAGGAUGGAGAGACAGCAGYUAAUGGUGAUGCUCAACCUCCACCGCCCCACCUGCAUCGUCCGCACCGACAGCGUCAAGACCCCCGAGAGCGAGGCCAACCCCCUGCUAGAACACCUGGCUGCCGAAAAGUUGACCGCCUCCAAAUGAAACCACAAGGGGAAACAAGAAACCGAAGGUCGACAAAGAUAGAUCCGCCAAAAAAAACAACUGUCGUCAUCAUCGUGAAUGGUGGCCAUUUUGGAAAAAAAAUUCAAAAAUCAACUGCCGUUUUUGUUGUUGAAGCACAUACAGUAUGUACUGUCUUGACCUCAAAGCUGGAGACUUGUUGAGACUCUUGUCUGUCUUUGCCCGAAGACCUGUUUUUUUUUAAAAGGUUCCGUUGCCUCGGUAACACCGUGGUAAUGUUACCUGAGUGGGCUCUGAGGGACGUACUGCCUUUACGCCCAACCCAGUUCUCUCUGCGUCAUCAUAAGUGCUGUUUGUUCUGAAACCCAGUCAGUGCCUCAAGUUUAACUUACUGCAUCACAACCAUCACUUACAAUAAAGGACAAAAUAGAAGAAGGUAUGAAGUGGAAACUAUAAUGUUGAAGAGGAAACACUAAGGGCAAUCAUUCUAAUGCUUCUGUUACUGACACUUAUCAGCACUGAGACAAACAAAGGGGCUGUUUUUUUAAUAUUCUAAACCUGUAUAACGGUAGAGACACACAGGUGUAGCCAGCCAGCGUGCUGCGGUUCGCCAGUGUACUGUAUACCACGUUUAAAUAUACAGCCUUAGUAAUAUUCUAGGAUAUUACUGCAUUCAGUGUAUACUAAAGUUGGAACAUAGUUGUUUUGUAUUUUAUAUUACAAUGCAGAUUUUCUUUUUAAAUUUWMAAAAAAAUGUAACCUUUAAAAAAAAWAAUUAUAUCCUCUGCCUUGACGAUGGCAGUAUCCGGUUGAUCCGAUUUGUGGUGACGCUGGCGUCAUAAAUAAAAGCACAUAUAAAACUAUAUGAAAUAAUGUUUACACUCCUGUUUAUAAAAAAAAAAGGCAUUGUUACGUCAAUGUCUGUCUUGCAAUGUGCUUAUUUUAUACCGCUUUAUAUAUAUAUAUAAAUGACAUGUAUUAUUGUGAAAUGUUCUGUAUUCUAAUCACUUGAUGUGAUUUAGCAUUUUUACAUCUGUCAGUCUGUCCAGUUCUAUUUUUCUAUAUGAAUAUUGCGCUGUUUAGCAGCUGUGAAAAGAACAAUUGUUCAGUUAACAGCUGAGCAAUAUCUCUCAAUGACUUAUGUAUGACUUUCUUACCCCCCAUAUAUAAAUUAUAUUUGUCAAA